AUGCCUCGACCGGCCCUUCCGCCAACCCCUGGCUCUUCCACAGAUAUCAAGGGACAGGAUGGCGCCCAGCAGCUCUCAUCGAUACAUCUUUCUUUUGAAUUACCUCCACCUGCAAUUCAUGAUGCUUCACGCAUUUCACCCACCAAACCCAAGCACACCUCACCUGCUCGGACAGCGUCUUAUCCAGCCACGCUAACCUCGUCUUCCCCGCGGACCAUAUAUCCGUUACAGGCUGCCGAGACGGUCAAAUCACGCCGUCGAUCGUCUGCCGCCAAGGACACCAAGGACGAAUCCUCCUUUACUCUCCCUCCUCCACCCACUCGAUCACGAAAGAUUAUCCAAAUGAAGCCCCGAGCACAGGAGGAAGCAGCGACCGAGGUCUCAUCGACGAAAGGCUCUGGCAAGGUCGGAGGCAAGGGAGCCAUUGGAGCGGCAAAGACGGCAGCUAACAAGAACAAUGCGACCGCCGAUGCUGGUGGGGCUCAGGGAAAGAAGAAGCAACCUAGCGCCACGAGUGCUGCUGGACGCAAGAUUGCCAGGAAAACUGCCCACAGUCUGAUUGAAAGACGACGUCGCAGUAAGAUGAAUGAAGAGUUUGCCGUCCUCAAAAGCAUGAUUCCUGCCUGUACGGGCGAAAUGCACAAGCUCGCCAUUCUCCAGGUCAGUUCGGCCAACUGGGAACGCCGGCGCCGCCACGGUCGCAAUGCCAACCCACUAACACAUCGUUUACAGGCUUCAAUUGAUUAUGUUAGAUACCUUGAAGAUUGCGUUGCUAAGCUCAAGGCUCAACAUGGGGACAAGGGCAGGGAACAGGCCGCACACAACCCACUGCCUUCGAUCCGUGACUUUCAUCCAACGUUUCACGCAGACCCCUCCGGCGACGUAGACAUGUCCGACUCGGACACAGCGUCGCCUCUCUUCACAGCCCAGCCCGACCACGCACACCCGCCAAUCUCACCCGGUCUGCAACCAGAUGAUGCUCAGCACCGAAAGCAGUCAUAUUCAUCCGUGUCUACUGACCAGCGACACUAUAGCUUCAGCACAUCAGCCGGAGCCUCUCCUGCAUUUGGGCCCCAGCCGCACGCCGUCUACUCACAAAGCAGCGCAUCUGGGUCGACGCUCACAAGCCCGGCCCUGAACCCGCAGUCCGAUCUUGACCAGGAAGCCUCUGCCGCGUUGUUAAUGUUGAAUAACGACAGACGUGGCACCAAUCCCGCCCUCAACGCCCGGGGCUUGUCGGUCCGAGACCUGCUCAGCACUUAG